AUGGACCCCUCUACUCGUAUCCCCACCGCCACCUCGGUCGUCGAGUCCAUCGUCGUCGAGGCGCCCCUCGCCCAUGUCUGGCACCUCGUCAAGCUCGAGGACUUCUCCAAGUUCUGGUCCAAGCUCAACAAGAGCGAGUUCGUCAAGGGCACCUCUCCCGACACCGACAUUAUCAAGUGGUCCUUCAAGGAUGGCACCGUCCUCGAAGUCAAGCAGGAAGAGCACUCGACUAUCAACCACUACAUCACGUACUCCGUCAUCACCGCCGAGCCGAACCUCAGCUACUCGUCCUCCCUGAGCACCAUUCGUCUCUUCCCCAUCACCUCGGGCCAGCACGAGAACCACACUUUUGUCCAGUGGUCCGGCUUCUUCUCCAGCGAUGCCGAUGCCGGUGUAAUCGAGGAUGGAAAGUACAAACGUCGUGAGGCUCUUGCUGACCUUGCCGCUGCGGCUGUCAAGUCUGCAUCUUGA